CACACUUGUUGUACAUGAUCUGUUAAAAUCUAUUCUGGCAUUAAUAUGGCUACUGUUUAAUAUUUUGUUUGUAUAAUUAAUACCCAUAAAUCUGUCAUUUGACAGCAGCGACAGCAUCAAUGGACGCUUCAUAAUUUUUAUAUAUCAAUACAAUGUUAUUUAAAGUCAGUGAAAUUCACUCCAUUAUUUUAUUUUGAGUCGUAAAUGCGGAAACCUUGCAGUAUUGCUAAUGUAACCCAUCGAAUCAGUGUUCAGGAGGAAAAAAUCAACAGCAAUUCAUCACCUAUCAAAAACAUGAAGAAAUUCAUACAAUCUAAAAUAAACCAUACGGAAAACACUCCGAAUCAGCCUGCAAAUGUACAGCCACCAUUACCAUUAGUGCCUCCACCGCCAGACAUACCGUGGACUCCAGUAAAAGUAAAAGAGGAAGUCGAAGAUACUGAAUAUAAGCAGGAGGUUAAAUAUGAGGCAAAAGAAGAAAAAACUGAGCAAGAAGAUGGAAAUUCUCGUGAAGUAUGUCGAGACUUUAUACGUGGCACUUGCAAGCGUAUUGGUCCAUGUCGGUACGCUCAUAAGUAUGACCUAUCUCAGCUUGUAGGGGUGUUUACGUUCUGUCGAGAAUUUCAGACUAAACGCUGUACAUACCCUAAUUGCAAAUAUGUGCAUGCUGAUGUUUUUGAGGAGCAAAAUUUUUAUCGUACAGGAUAUUUGCCUCCUCGUGCCUUUGCUCAUCAGAAAAAGGCUCCUGAAGUUACAAAUACUACCACAUCUACCUCGGUCACCAUGACGCCAAUGAUUCAAACUCUCGCACCACCACCCCCACCACCAGAACCAGAAGAACAGCAGUCUCAUCUGCCACCAGAGUUUGGAUUUUCAAAACCUCCACCCACAUUGCCUGAUAAUUUGUUAAAGGAGUAUGCAAGUUUGCAUUCUACGGACCCUAUCUUAGAUAUGGUUCAAUCCAACCCUCUAAAACGGUCGUGGAAUUCUUUGGAUAGAUGUGGGUUAUUAGAAUCAGAACUAAAUCUAAAUAACCCUAAGAAAUGUAAAAACUGUGACAUACUGGAGUUUUGUCUCCAACACAGCAGGAGUAAAUUACAGAAAAUCAUAGUUAGUUCUGAGGCUUUGAAGGUUAAGAGUGACAAAUUAGAUCGUAAGAUUGCCAAAUUAGAUGCUAUUCUUAUGAAAGUCUUACGACCAAAUCAGUCACCAUUUUUGUCAAGUGCUCGUGACUUGCAAUAUAGUAGAGAUAUAUUGUCGUGGGAAAAAAUUUCUGCAUUGUGGAAUUUAUAGAUAAAAAAACUUACAGCAGCCAUGUUGGUUAUUCCUUAAAGAUUAUAUGUGCAACUUGCUGAGGUUAGGAUCCAUUAUUUAAUCUAAGCAUAGAUACAAGUAGUGUUACAGGAGUGCUUUUCAACACUAAGCUUUUAAAAUAAUUACAUAAUCUCUGUAUGUGAACUAGGUAGGCAUAAUGUUAACAUAAGAAUAAUUGUUAAAUGUUAAUAUUUAGAAUAGUACAGUGUUUGAUUUAUCAAACAUGACUGUCUACUCAUAACUUAUAAAUGGUAGUAAAACAUACUAUUGUACUAUAUGUUUAUUAUAUUAGCAACCAUAACUAAACUAAUAUAGAUUAUAUGCUUAUUUUUAUGGGGUCUACCUCAUACUGUUCAUAUAAGUGUUCCUACAAAUACAAUUAUUAUUGUUUUAGUCUUUAAUAACAAAAAUGUAUUUUUAUUACAUAUUUGAAUAGGCCAUAUAAAUUAUAAAGCUACAUUUGAUUUGCCAGUUGUGGUUAUACUAGUGUGGGUUUUAAUAGGCUUUGGGUGUUGCAUAUGAAUAGGUUAUUUCUAAGAUAAGCUAAUUUCUUACAUUAAAACAUUUUAAGUUGUCUAA